AUGCAGGCAACCGGGGAAAACGUCCUUCUCGACGAUGAACCAGGCUUCAACUUAUUCGAAAACCUGCUACCGAAUUUCCCGAUGGAGGAGGAGUCCACCGAAGAGCUUCCGCUGCCGGAGCCACCUAGGGACGAGCUUUCGGUGCCGCCCGAGACCGGUUCGGUGUGCGACGUGAACAUCGACCAGAGGCUCCAGAUCAGGCAUGACUGCAUGUGGUCCGGCGUCUGCGUAGACCUAUCGCACCCGGAGAAGUUCGGCUUAGGUCUAGGUGAAGGGUGCUGCAUUGACGGUGGCGGCGAUCCGCUAGUGCUACUAGCGCAGGAACAGCAACGGAACCAGUUACAGAAUCUCGCACCGGAGGUGGCAAAACCGGGAAACACUACUAGUGCCAAGGAGAGCGCAGAGACGCUCAAGCCCCAGUCAACGCCGUUCCGGGUUCCAACAACGGUGGCCGAGAUACCGGCCGGUAGCUCGUUGCUCAUCAAACGCUCCCCACAACAGCAACAGCCACAAAACCGUGCGAUAGUCAGCGGCGGCGGCGUCGGCGUCGGCGGUGGCGGCAACGGCAGCGGCAGCAGCGGCAACUACAGCACAAAUGUGUCCCCUAGUACUUCCACGCUUCGUCUACCGUAUAUUCCGACCGGCGCGUUCAUGAAGAACCGAGAACACCAUAUACUGAGUGGUGCGAUACAUCAUCACACCAGUUCGAAUACACCACUCAGCGUGGAUGAUGAUCCGCCGGAGUUCAAACACAAGCUGGACCUGGUCGCCACCUGUACCGUUAGCUGUAGUGAAGCGCCAGCCGCUACCGGCUCUGCUGCACCUUCCGCUUCCUCGGCCGUCAGCAGUGGUAGCAUUAAUGGGGAAAACGUUGCACUAAACUACUGUAACCAAACCGCCCAGUUGCUCCAGGAUGAUGCCACAGCACAGCUCAGCGCAGGCUACAUGCGCAGUACAUCCAUCGAACCGCUCGGCGGACAGCUAUGGACGGUGCCCGACUCAUCGGACAGUGGCUUCAGCAGCAACAGUCUGUCCCAACUGCUUCGCGAUCUUCGUGAAAUCGAAGAAAGGGACUCAGCGACGUUAUCGUCCGCUUUUAGUUUCUCCUCGCAGACGAUCGACAACUCGGUAAGAAGUUCCGGCGAGUGUGGCGAUCGGGGGAGUUGCAGUAAUUUUCACUACUGGAACUGGAACAACAGCAGCAACAGCAGCAACAGCAGCAGCCGUAGAAUGACGAAAAGUAGCUGCGCCAGCUUAGCUGGCGAUCUGACCGACACGACGGUUGUUAGUGCUGCUAUCAAGAAGGUCACGUUGACAACGGUGCAUCGGAAAGAGAAGACGUUAGUGGAGAAUGACGACGCUGAAGAGGAUGAUAAACAGGAUGACGAAUUGCUGUUCGAUACAGCACCCAGUGACUCGCCAGUCACUGCUAAAAGUUUCUCGUUCGAGAAACACGAUGACGAGGAGGAGGAAGAUUUCGUGGAGAAAGGGUGUGACUUAGAACAAGAUGACGAGUUGCCUUCUGAUGCAUCGGCCAGUGACUCACCCCGUGGUUUGGACAGUUCCUUUACUUCCUGCUCUGAGGAAGAUGAUGAUGAUGAUGAUGAUGAGGAGCACGUCGAGAAGAAAGGUGAUCGCCCACAACAACAUAACAAACGGUUUUCGGAUGCAGCAGCAGCAGGAGAAUCAGCCAUUUAUGCGCACUGUUCCUCUACUUCUUGCUCCGAGGAAGAUGACAACGAUGACGGCGACGAGGAAGACUACAAGAAGGGAGCGCCAGGGUACGGAAGUAGCAAUGGUUAUGGCCCAUCACGCGCCACGCGCCGCCACUUGGGCAAACGGGGCGUAUGGUGCCAACGUCGCCAGAACCUCACCGGCCGUCUAGGUGACGGCGGACAGCCUGCAAAGAGAAGGAAGCUUAAUAAGAAUGAUUCGUCGACGAACUUUGACAGUGCUACUGCAACUUCGCCGACCUCUUUCCGUGACACUAGCGUCGGCCGACGUCGAGGUGGAAGUGCGACGUCGUCCGAUUCUCUACCGUUCGAGGGCCACCAGGCGACGCACGUUGGAGACCACAGUUACACCCGGCCGAAGGGGCACUUUAACAUGAACGACCUCGGCGUGCAGACACCUUCCGAAUCGGAGGAAGAAAUCGAUGUCGUGUCAAUCGGUGACAAGAACUUGCCGACGAAUCCCACGGCUCGUGAUCGGCGCGCUCUUCAGUCAACGGUGGCCAGCAAGAUUCGCAAGCAGCAAGCAGCGGCAUCGUCACGCCACGCGGCAUCCGGUUCCGCGCAGUACGGCGGAAGUUGCUUACAUCGCCAACAGCAGCAUCGUGUCGACGAUGACCGCUACGUUAGUGGUUCGCAUUCGCUGAACGUUAGCGGCGGAGGCGGCGUCAACCUGAUGCUCGGUAUCUAUCCGACUCCCGCCGGUUCAACGACGAUUUCCGGUGCGAACACUCCACUGCUGACCGGCAGCGGCUGCUCGAGUGUGGCUUCAUCUCCACCACCGGUCCCAUCGUCCGCUCGUAAACGGUCUGGUAUUAGUAGUAGUAGUAGUGCGAGAGGCAGCAACAGUAAACACCAUCGCGGCGGUUCAUCAUCCGUGAAACGGUCGCGCCGGCAAGGGAAGAAAUCCGCAUCGUCAACCGGUGCCAGUAGGGCAGCAGACCCGCAUUGCGACGUUACCGCACAUGAGCCGGAUUCGGCGGAAAAACGCAACCUUCAUAACAACAUGGAACGCCAGCGCCGAAUCGGCUUGAAGAACCUGUUCGAGGAGCUGAAACGUCAGAUACCGAGCCUCCUGCGCGACAAAGAUCGCGCCACGAAAGUGAACAUACUGCGCGAGUCGCCCUUGGAGGGUGCCAAAACUGUGGCUACGGUGAUCGCCAGUAUUCCGCGUGUCGAGGAGGACGAGCGCUGCUUCGGACGGCGAUGGCGACAGCAACAGCGGCUAGCAGCGAAGGCAUCUCCCUUGGGCAGGCAACAACGACGACAGAGAGAACGCCAGCAUUCCAUCAGCUGCCCCAGGAUGAAGGGUCCUCCGAAGAACAGCGACCGAACGCCAAGCGGUGGGCCUGCCGAGUUAUUGCUGAUGUUACGUACUAGGUCAAUAGAAGCAAUAGAACGUGAUUGUAAUUAGGCUUUUCAAUUCGUUCAAUAGAAAACAGGUACUUUUAGUAAAAAUUUAGUUGCAUUACCUGUUACAAAAAAGGAUAUUAACAGCACAACAAUGAACACAAAUAAAGACGUUAUUGCAAAGAUCGUAAGGAUAAAACACGGAGUAAACACACAUCAUACUGUUGAACUACGAAAUGCGCAUUUCAUAGUAACUAGCCGACUUAGUAAAUAAACUAACAGGUUGUUUCCAAGUUAUUCAUUGUUUUUGAAUGUGAAAUUAACAUUAUUUGCUUUUACUUUUAGAUGAAAAUAAAUCAAUGAACUAAAACUUACUCAUAAAAUUUAACGAAAGAUGCCAAUAGCAUGGUAUUUGUGUUGACACGAUGCAAACAUUGUUCAUGCUCUAGGCAUAAUUGGCGGUUCCUGGCUUUGUGUUUUCAACAUAUGCUAUCGCAUUAUCUGGCCCGUGGUUUUGGUACCAUUAUGUAUCUUGAAUUCGUGCUUUUUGGCAUUGUGAAAGUAUGUACGGCCGGUCAGGAUCGCUCGGCAGGGCAAGCUACUGGAUAAAGAGAGAAAUAACCUAGGAAGAGAAAAAAUAAAAAUUAAUGCGGUGAUGCUUUUGAAGUUAAAUAUUGCUUUUAACGGUUUGGCCUAAAUAUAGUGCACACAUACCCGAGCACACAUGGCAAAAUUGUUUAAGAUUUUCCAAGGCUAUUGGAAACGGUUAGACUGGUUGGUUAGUCAGAGAGAAGCCCUUGAUGCAUGGAGCAAACAACACGCGAGGAACACUGCAACUAUAGCUACUAGGUUCAAUAGUUUUCUUUAUUGCUAUCACCUUUGUACUGCUAGAGCAGUACAGCUAUUUUGAGACUUUGUAUUGCUAGAAAGAAACCGAACGCAUUUGCCUUCUGUGUAAGCUUCAAACAAUGUAAAAAUAUCUAAAAAUACUUAAGAUACCGAUAGAUAGAUAUUUCGCGAACAGGAAGAACAAAGAGAGAAAAGCGGAAAACAAUAAACAGAUAGAGAGAGAGAAAGAGAGAGAGAGAGAGAGAGAGAAAGAGAGAGAGAGAGAGAGAGAGAGAGAGGGACGGAUGAAAUAGGAAUUAAAAGAUAACGAAAGAGAGAGAAUGUGACAUUUGAAAAGGGGGCAGGUUUUGUGUGACCAUUGUAUCUAUUAAUUGAUUUAUUUCCGUCAAAUGUUAGAUUAGCCACUAAUUUUAUUAAACUUGGUAAGCGUCAAUGACUACAUAUAGUAAGUUGGGUAUUGUGAGUGAGACUUUUAUUGUUGAGACUUGGAGCAAAAGUGGGAAAGACAAAAAGUGACAAGGCUCGCCAGCUUUUGUUACAGUUUACGAAGAGUUCAUGAGAAAGCGCCGUAGAGAGAGCGAGAGAGAGAGAAAAGAAACAGAAAGAGAGAAAGAGAGAGAGAAAGCGGAAAAAGAUAGAUAAUAACGCCUCGUCCACAGUAUGAGUUUUCUCUGCAGGUUUUUUGAUAUGCUAGCGUUCACACUAGCAGCUUUUGGGUGCAAAAUUCCGUUACUUUCUGUGAGUGAAAUAACAGUUCGUUUGGUUUUGCUUUGAUUUUUUUCGGUUUCCUUUCCUUCUCCUUCUAUUGCCAUCUUUGUCAAAAUCUGAUCCGCUGUCGAAAAACUAGUAUGACUGAUAAAAAAAAUAAACUAGUAAAAUAUGGUUUUUGGAAGGCAAAAAAACUUGCCGAAAUUUAGCUUCAACGUUCACAUUGAAAAAAUACGUGAAAUAUUUCAUUAACAUAAGGCGCUCAAAAGCAACUCAAAGUAACUUACAGAACUUUAGCAAAAGAUUGAUAGUUUCUUGGCCUGCCAUACAUUUUUACCAUGUUUCUCAUACUGUGGACCCCGCGUAACAGAGCUGUCUAGUGUUUUGGAUAAGAAGUGUUAAUGGACAAAAGGGGGUUGGACAAUUGAGCGAAAAUUAUUGUGAUGGAAUUUUGAAUAAUAAAAACGAGAAUACCACUUUCCCACCAUCACAUCCGGGUAUGGUAUGGA